UCCCCACCCCACCCCACCCCACCCCUCCCUGACGAGAGAGAGAGAGAGAGAGAGCAGCGCGGCGCAGGUGGGCGCGGGGUAGAUGAGCUCGUGAGUGGGUUGCGGACGACCACAUCCUUCCCAUUCCAUUCCAUUCCAUUCCAUCCCCCACUGCCCUGCCUCCUCUCCUCUCCUCUCCUCUCCUCGGUCUGCUCUGGUCUGUGUCUUGAAGAAUCCAGCGGCGCAGGAGCAAGAAUGGGACAGAUGGGCAACGGCGACGGUGGCGGCGGCGGCCACCCGCACUCAAACCCCAACCAGUACCACUACCAAGCGCUCCUCGCCGCCGUGCAGAACCCAAACCAAACCCUCCACCCCUUUCCCCUCCCCUUUCCCCUCCCCUUCCCCUUCCCCGCGGGACCAGGAGCUGAUGCCUCAGCACACAAUGCUGCUCCCCACUCUCAGACUCCAAGAGGUUUCACUGAUUGGAGCGCAUCCAACAGCGCCUUCGCGUCCCUUGCUGCGCAACCCGCUCCUGCCACCAGCAAUGCAGCCUACAAUUACAACCUCUCCCAGUCUUAUGCUCUAUGGACCCAUUACAUGCUUAACAAGAAUGUAUCUUACUCUUAUCCUGCACCACAUGAGGAGCAUGCCCCCCCUUUGCGCCAUCAUCUCAGCCAGGAUAAGGAUUCAGGUUCUGCAUCCAGCCUCGGGGUUGAAUCUUUCACUACAAUGUCCCUAGGACCAAAUAUUUGCACUCACAUGCCUCCCAUGGAAGGAUCUAUAUCUGCCAAGGAAGCUGAUAAUUCAGAGGAUCUGCCUACAGUAGUUAGAAGCAGUGAUGAAAUGGAAACCGGAAACAGUGGUGAAGUCCACCGUGAGACAGUUGGCACUCUUCCGGAUUUGAAGCAAGGUCAUGAAAGCUGCACCACUAAGUUCAACUCUGGGGAAUACCAAGUCAUUUUGCGCAAGGAGUUGACAAAGAGUGAUGUUGCCAAUGUCGGAAGAAUUGUGCUUCCCAAGAAGGAUGCUGAGGCUAGUCUUCCACCAUUGGUGCAAGGGGAUCCUCUGAUACUGCAGAUGGAUGACAUGGUGCUCCCAAUUACGUGGAAAUUCAAGUACAGAUUCUGGCCAAACAACAAAAGCAGAAUGUACAUCCUGGAAGCUGCAGGAGAAUUUGUGAAGACACAUGGCCUUCAGGCAGGGGACGCCCUCAUUAUCUACAAAAACUCCGUGCCUGGCAAAUUUAUUAUCCGUGGGGAGAAGGCCAGUCAGCAGACAACAAAACCCUAGACGCAUUUCUUUCUAUAUGACUGCAACAGCGUCAAAGAAGGUGUUGGAGGAUAUGAAUUAGUUCACAAUGCAAGAUAAGUUAAUAUGGAGUUAUCGACUUUCAUUGCUGGGUCACCGUCACAUGAGAAUGAGAGAAGAAAAAAAAAAGGUGACGAGUCUCUGACUUCUUGACUCCGAGUGGAUGGAGAAGAGGAAGAAGAGAAAUUUUGGGAGAACAUUGGAAGUGCGAUUCUGCAAGCCUAGAUCUGAUUUGGGGACAAGUAGUUUACGCCUUUUUAAUUCAGCUGUAUUUGGAAGCUCGAGUUCUGCAUUGCAUUCUGAACAACAUUUCGCAGUUUUUGUAAAUAUCUUGGAUCUAUAAGAUAAAGGAAGUGGCCUGGACCUUAUGGAGGUUCA